AUGCUCCGCCGCCGCCGCACCGCCACACCUCCUGAACUGGCGCCCCGCGCAGAGCGCGACGCCUCCGUCCUUAGCAAGCUCUUCUUCCUCUGGAUCUAUCCCCUUAUAGCGAGAGGCACAGCCAUCGCUCUCCAGCAGGACGACCUCCCCCCGCUGGCACCCUCAGACCAGACCGCCACGCGCGUCCCCGCCCGCUGCGUCUCCCGAUCCAUCCGCGCUCUCAUCCCCGUCACCUUCCGCCGGUUCGCCCUCGCCGCCUGCUUCAAGCCCGUCUGGCUGGCCGCCGCCGUCGGACAAGCGUUCGCCAUCCGUGUCCUCGUCACCCGCGUCACCCUCGCCUCCGCAGACCCCCCGCCCGCCGUCUCGCGGUAUGCCUACCUCCCCGUCGCCGUCGCCCUUGCCCUGACCAGCAUCCUCAUGAGCAUCGCCUCGCACAACUUUUACGCGUACACCGUCCGCGAGGGUUGGCGCGCGCGCGCCGCUCUACAGGCCGAAAUCUUUCGCAAGAUGCUUCGCUUGUCUCCGCGUGCUCGGUCGAACACGUCCGAGGGCGAAAUUGGCAACUUGCUCGUCAACGAUACGCAACGCAUCGUCGAUGCCUACACCUACUUUCAUGGCUGCUGGUUUGGUUUCAUCGAGAUCACUGUCCUUUCGGGCAUUCGCACCAUUAAGCUAUCCGCUUGGGAGUCUCAUUUCCUCAAUCUUGUCCGCACUCUCAGAGGUGUCGAGGUCCGCCACUUGAAGCUUCAGGGAGUCGUUCGCGCUCUGAAUGCUGCAUUGUUUUUUGCCGCCCCGCAAAUUGUCGUCCUCGUAACGUUUGCCUCCUAUACCCUCAUUUUCAAUAACCCCCUUUCCCCGGGCCUCGUCUUCAGUACGCUGUCAUAUUUCGCAACCCUCUCCCAAGUUCUCUUUGUCAUGCCACUCGGUUGGCUGUCUUUGGCAGAGGCUAUUGUGUCAGGCAGACGAUUUGAUGGGUUUUUCGCACUGUCGGAACUUCCCGCUCUGCCCUCGCAUAUGCGUUUAGAUGUUGAACAGCAACACUGUAGCAUGUCCGAGGACACAAGUUCAAAUCAUACUAAGGUAGAUGGCACUACGCUCCUCGAGGAGCUUCCUACACAUACACGCCUUAAUGUGUAUCGCGCACAUGGCAAGUCGAGCUUGCUGCUGGGGAUUCUGGACGAGAUCCCUUGCAUAUCCGGUCGUGUGGAAAAGAAUGGUCGUGUAGCGUAUUGCGCCCAACAACCAUGGAUCACUAAUGCAACUCUACGCGAAAACGUGAUCAUGUUUGGGGAUAAUCUUGAAAACUUUGAUGAAACCUGGUAUCAUACUGUUGUGGAUGCGUGCUGUCUCAAGAGAGACAUUGAACUCCUUGCCGCGGGCGACAGUACCGAAAUAGGAGAGCGGGGGGUCAAUUUAUCUGGUGGCCAAAAGUCGCGGGUGGCGCUUGCCAGGGCAGUAUACUCGAAAGCCGACCUGUACAUUUUGGAUGACCCUCUCUCAGCGGUGGACUCUGAGGUAGCUGCCAAUCUAAUCGACAGAGUCAUUGGUCCGACUGGAAUACUCGCGAGCAAAGCGCGAAUCAUUGUGACACAUCAGUUGAAGAUAUUACCGCAUUCUUCUAGCACAAUUAUUCUUGAGGGAGGAACAAUUCACCGGAGCGGGACAUUCAAAGAGCUUCGAGCAAGUGGAGUCGAAUUCUCGGGGUUUUCCGGCUUCGAAGAUGAUUUAGACAAAGAGCGGAGCGAUGCUGGCAGGUACUGUGAAGAUGAAGAUGAAGAAAACAGUAGGCAACUGGACAGUGCAGAAGAGACCGCAUCGUUUGAGAAUGAAGACGUUACCCGUUUAGAGAUUGGAGGCACUUCACAAGAUCAACUCGUGUUUAAAGAAUUAUCUUCGUUGAGAGAGACGUCAAAUGAAAAGGGAGGGCUGGUAGAAGAAGAAGAUCGACGUGUUGGUCACGUCAGGAGCAACGUAUUCAAAGCAUACAUCAAGGCCGGCGGGGGUUUGGUUGCAUUGCUUGGCAUCUCGGGUGCAUUUUUAUUAGCGCAAGCAGUUCGUCAGGUAGGAGAGUGGUGGUUAGCCGAAUGGAGUGAGCUUGCCAGCUCCCAGUCGGCGGGGCGGCAAGAUUCGUUUUCCAAUGGGGAUGGAUUCUAUGCGUUAGUAUUCUUUGGGCUUGCGGCAAGCGCUGCCGUGCUCACGUUAAUACGAGCAUCAGUCUUUGCGGAGCGAACAAUCUCUGCUUCGAGUAGAAUGCACGAUCACUUGUUGGACAAAGUUUUACAUGCCAGGCCCCGUUUCUUUGACACGAAUCCAGCAGGACGGAUUUUGAAUCGAUUUAGCAAAGACAUUGACCAAAUGGAUGUGCUCCUGCCAGCGACAGCUCAGGAUUGUCUUCAACUUUUCUUUGUUGCUUUUGGGGCUUUAGUGACCAUAGCAGCGAUUAUUCCAUGGCUCCUUGUCCCUUUUAUCCCUGUGAUAGGGCUUUUCCUUUACAUCCAAUGGUUAUACAAGAAAUCAAGCAGGGAACUGAAGCGCCUCGAUGGAGUAUCAAGGAGUCCAAUAUAUUCUCAAUUCAUUGAGUCAUUUGUUGGAAUGUCAACGGUCAGGGCGCACGAAUUCCAGAAGGUGUUCUCUGCGCACUUCAAUGGGCUUGUCGAUGACAAUCAUGUAGCCUUUCACAUGUUUACAACUGUUGGCCAUUGGGUUGGCGCUCGUCUGGAUCUGCUGGCGGCUCUCGUGGUUUUGGCUACAAGUGUUUUGGUGCUAAUAUUGAGUCCAAGUUUGAACGCCGGACUUGCCGGAGUGGCCCUUACUCAAAGCACCCUCAUCACUGGAAUACUUCAAUGGGGAGUCCGCCAGGCUGCAGAGACGGAGAACAUGUUCACAAGUGUCGAGAGAGUUCAUGAGAUGGCUACACAGACCCCCCAAGAGGAGUAUGAAAAGUCUGGGGAGGCUGAACUUGGUGCGGCCUGGCCUUCAGGCGGAGAGAUCAUUUUCAGAAAUGUUUCUCUAAAAUACCGUCCGGAAUUGGAUCCAGCACUCCAUGACUUGUCGUUUGUUUGCAACCCGCGGGAAAGAGUAGGGAUUGUGGGGAGGACAGGCGGUGGGAAGAGCUCUCUGCUUGUAUCGCUAUUCAGAAUGGUGGAACUUAGCAGUGGAGCCAUCUACAUCGAUGGAAUAGAUAUCGCACAGAUAGGACUUCGCGAACUUCGAUCGCGAAUGUCUAUAGUCCCUCAAGACCCAGUGCUGUUCAAUGGCACAAUUCGUAGUAAUCUUGAUCCUACUGGGAGUUAUAGUGAUUCGCAGUUGUGGGAUGCUCUCCAUCGGGUCCAUAUGGGCAGCGCUGACGGUCAAGGAUUAGACCUAAUCGUUCAAGAAAAAGGGAACAACUUCUCUGCAGGAGAGCGACAGCUUCUUUCGCUCGCUCGGGCAAUUCUGACAAAAGUUAAGAUCGUGGUUCUAGACGAAGCUUCGGCUUCCCUGGACAAUCACACAGACAUGCUAGUACAGAAAACUGUACGAGAGCAGCUAUCCGACUGUACUGUUUUGACAAUUGCACAUCGCCUUGCAACCAUCGCUGAUAGCGAUCGGAUUCUUGUUAUGGAUGCCGGUAGAGUGGUCGAAUUCGAUGCACCAGGAAAGUUGCUGGAGACGGGUGGUUAUUUCUCGAAAUUGGUGGAAGAAACUGGACGGAUUGAGAGUGCACUACUCAAAGCCAUCAUCAGUGAAGCGUCGGGAUCGAAUAGCGGACGGUGACUGUUGACGUGAAUGUAAUAUGCAGGUACGUAGUUAAAAAGAGUAAUGAGGGCAACCGUGCUGUAGUAAUUGUCAUUUUGCAGCCAUGCAGCAGGCCAUCCGAAGUCACCCAAAAGCAUACAUAUGUCUUCAUCUGAGUGAUGGCUUGGGACGAGGCAUGCUACUCGAAGAAGCUCGCGAAGGAAGCAGCACUUCUCGCAGAUGCUCCACACGGGGAAUCAAUGGUCGAGUGCUUCGCACUGGUGUCGUCUAUCCGACCGGGGCUUGUCCUCAUAUGAGGACGAUGAUGUCCUCAUAUGAGAACAGCUCUUUUUUUGCAAAUAUAUAUAUAUUAAAUUGAACGUUCAAAAA